AUGUCGAUACAAAGCCUCAUCGAGCGCGCUAAUGCCUGGUACGGCGACCACGCCACCUUUCGCAGGCUCCUUGACGACAUGCGCAUGACAUGGGAGACGAGUCCCAAGAUCGUACGCGCCGCAAGCCUCGAUCUGCUGCUUCGUCCCAAGGAACAAGUGCCACUCAUUGCACGCGUCCAACUUUGGCUUUGGGUCGCCGCCACCGACAGCACUUCGGACGGCGGUCAUCGCCACCUGCGGGCUGCAGAAGAGUCAAUGCAGGAGCUCGAGGAGUGGAAUAACUCUCCGGAGGUGUGGAAGGCAACUGGCGGGGACCUGAAGGAAGAGUCUGCCGACAUCGAACAAGCCGAUACGAAAGAGGGAGAGUCGGAGAUCACUAUUGCCAUGGCCACACCAGAAGAGGAGCCUUUUCUGUAUGGCAUGCCAGGCGAUUCGGAAAUCGAUCAUGAUUUGCUUCGCAUGCUUUCAAGAUAUGCUUGA